UCUUGUGCUUUUCCUUCAUCGUCCCACCCACCUGCGCCCCCGCAGUAGCAGUUCGUUGCCAGGCAACCUAGCGGGUCACAUCGCCAUUGGAGGGGCUGGGAGUGUCCCCUUGGAGUUAACCGGUUCUUAACUUUCCUUGGUCCUGGAUCGCUGCAUUGUCCAAGCUCCCAAUCCGAGGAGGCGAGGCUGAGGUGUUGGAAAGAGCUGAAGAAGCAGGAGAACCAGACUUAGACGUGGCUUCCUGUGAGCCUGAGAAACUCCCAGUCAGGUUUCUUCCUCCAGGUUACCGUGCUUGGCACCUGUUUCCUUGCAAAUAAGAGUUCACCAGCAUCUUCAUUCUCUUUCAUGCACACAGAGGCUCUUUGGCAACUGAUUUCCAUUCCUCAGGGAGGAAAUCACUACCAGGGAGUUCCGGAGAGGACUCAAGUAUCCUGGCACUUUGUGCGCUCUUUCAAUUAUAGCGUGCUCCAGGAGUCGGGUCGGGUUGACUCUUUUUAGGCCAAAGAUAGUUCCUCCUGUCUCUCAAAAUCAGAUGUGAAAUGUCUCUUCUACUUGAAGAUGGCUUUAAUUAACAAUAAAAAGCCAUAUACAUAUAAAAUAUACUUUAUACAUAUAAAGUAAACCCAGUAAUUUAUUGAUUUUCCACCAAAUUUUCAGUACCUAUUAUCUCACUGGUAUUGUUUUUGGAUGUGUGUAUGGGCGUGUGUGUGCAUCUGUGCCUCUUAGCCUGGGAACUCCCUAGAGGCAAGUGUUUUCUGUUCCACAGGGUGUCCCCAUGGGGCUAAGGACAUACAGAUAUCUGUAUAUAAGGCAUCAUCAAACAUAAUGGAUCUGAUCUGAAAGAGGUACAGAAGGCACUAGGAGCGCAUGCAGGGAGCAAUUAGUUGUGACUAGGGGAAGUGAGAGGACCUUGAGAAGGAGUAGUAUCUCCAAAGAUUUUAGUAGGUGGCAAGGGUGGGAGGACCUUCCAAAUGGAGAAAAUAAGGCGCCAGGAGCAGGUGGAAAGGAGGAGCUUGUGGGAGCCUCAGAGGAGGCAGCCUUCAGUUAUCUUGUUGAUCAGGAGCAGGCUGAGACUCCCUGGAGAUCUGAGGGACUGUCUGUAUGUGUUUCCUUUUUUAUUAGGAGGCCAAUCCUAAUAAAUCUUCCUUCCCAGCCUUUGUCUCUUUCUUCUCUAGAGAUCAUUAGCAUCCCCACCCUCCUGCCACUGCCACUAGAAGAGGGUGGGGGCUCGUUCAAACAUAAGACACUAGGGAUUAAUCAUCCACGUAUACAUGUUACCAUCAGAACCUGGUUACUUGGAUACUUGUCAUAUCAUCUGAAUAUUUUUUUUCCUGUGAUGGUAAAUACCCAGUUGAUUAUUAGACUGAUUAGAAGGAGAAACAAACAAACAAACACAUGACUUGGCCUCACUUGAAAUUUUGUGCCUUUCCUGGUAAAAGUUCAAAACAUUUGCCUGAAUGCUGAAGCUGGUCCUAGGACCCACAGAUCAGGCGAGCUGUCAAUGGCUUUCGCUGGUUUCUUGGGCGGAGCAGACACUGUCUGCGAUGCUCAUCUCCUACUCGGGAGACCUUAGUGCCUCCCCGUGAGCAAGGCCAAUCCACUGUUCAGUCUGAUUGCUUGACAAAGCCUGUGGCAAAAAUGUUUCACAGUGCCUAAAAUACCACAAGACAUCUUUGGAUAGUCUGGGGCUAUGACACUUGCAGGACUAUAUCUGUGGUUCUUUCCAAGCAGCUUUUCCUUUUCUUCCUGCCUCUCACCUAUCAGUUUAUCAGAAGUUGUGAGCCAAAAGCAAGCCCCAAGAUUGCCCUUCCUAUUGGGAUGACAUGAAUGAUUUUCAAAAGAUGGAAACAGUAUAGAAAUUCUUAUGGUUUACGUCUAUACUGAAAUAUUUUCUGUUAGACUUCUUAAAGUUACAAAGAACUUGCUAAUCCCUACUAUGUACAUAGGGGACUCUUAAUACUGUGGGGACACCAAGUGAUAUAAACGCACUUGUUUCCCCCAAGGAGGCUACUUCAGCUUAUUAAAGCACUUUGGUUGAAUAUGAGAGAAGAGAAAUGAGUAAGAAGGGUCCCUACCCUUCAGCAGCUUCCUGACGAGUGGGAAAAGCAGACAUAUAAACAACCAGCUAGACUAUAAGGCAGAAUGAAAUAAAUGCUAGAGGUCUGAGUAACAAGUGGAAGGGAGAUUGGGAGGACCGGCUAGGGAGACUCAUGUAAGGCCGAAUUGUGAAGCAGCAUCUGGCAGCAGAGGACAAAGUGCUCAGUGGAGGGCCUGAGGAAGGAGAUCCAAGAACUCAGAGAACUGAGAUCCUUGGGAGGUUGGAGGGUUCCUGAAGAAGGGUUCUUGGGGGAAGAGGGUCUUCAAAGUGAAACUUUGCGCCUGGACAACUUCCUGCGCAGCCUGCUCCCCUAGCCCUAGCUGCUCUGCCCGCUGACAGCUUCCUCCUGCGUCUCUGGGUUCUGGCCCCAUGUCUCUGAGUUCUCUCUUCCCUUCAUUUCAUUUCUUCUCCUCCCCUCAAGAUUCGAAACCCACACUCUAGGAAUCUUCCAUGGUUUCUGGAGUCCAGUGAUGAUGCAUGGGCAGGGCCACAGCAAGGUUACCCCAUCACCUCCCCCCUCCCCAUCAUUUCUUACAGUGAAAUCCAGGGAUGCCCCAGGCUUCCUCACCACCUCUUCUGGUUCAGGCACCCUGUUGCUGACCUGCCAGGCUCUGCCUAGCUCUGCGAUCCCACACUUUAGAAGGCAUUGUUUACUCUCAGGUACUCAUUCCUCAGACUACUGACUGGAUUUGGAAGGGAGCUGUUUAACACGUUCCCUGUCUACCUCUCUAAGGAAGGCGCUGUGUGCCAAAGACCUUGCCAUCUGUAUGUGGAGAAGAAGGCCUCGUGGGGAAUAGGGAUUCCUUUAAAUCCCUUUGUAUGAUUUUCCUCCUCCUGUCUCCGGAAAGCAAUGACAAGCCCCUGUUCUAUAGGAAUGGAAUCCACUCCCUUAAAUCUAGGAAAAGGGAUGGAUCCUGAGGUUAGACUGUAAUUAUAACAUUAUUUUGGGGGUGCCUGUUGGGAUAUCGCAUAUUUGGAUGGCAGGGUCAUCUGGCUGAAUCUAUUGAUAGUCCAGGGCUACAUUGCCAGCUCCCUCCUCAUUACCACCCCCUCUACACGUGCUCCACAGGCAGCAGUUGUUACUAUGGAAAUAUAUUAUUUUUAAAAACAGAAGCAGCCCCAGGCUUGGGAAACAUCUCCAGAACAAACCACAUGAGCAAGGAGGUUAAUAGGGUGUUGCUGGGUCCUAGCUCCAAGGGGAAGGAGAGUGGGGGGAUGGAGGAGGUUUAAUAUUCCAUGUUCUAUUCUCAACCUCUACCAGGGUCAGGUUCUGCCCUCUCUCUGGCAGGAAUCAUCUGGACCUCUGUCAGGCACUUCUAGCUAAGAGGGCUGCUCUGCACCUACUUACCCAGGGCCUAGCUUUGGCCAGGAAAUGGGAGCCAAGGUGCUGCUGAGCCUGGGGGUGUUUGGAGAAGGGGUCUAUGCUAUCCACAGAGGUCUAAACUAUAGAAAUCUAAGGAGCGUGGGGGAAAGCAGAGGCGGCAUCUCAGGUAAGUGAAGUUAUCUUUGCCUACUCUUGCCGAGAGCUCGAGCUCAGGGGAGGAGGAGUACCCCGAUUCCAGGAUGGGGCGGGGCGGUCAAAGAUCCCUCCUGUUUUCAACCCCGGAACCUCCUCCCGUCCUGGCUAGUCCUCCCGCCCUCCUCCAGCGCCUGAGCGCCGGGCUCACCAAGCCCCGCCCGGCGCGGGUGCGGCUCCUUUAAGGGCGGGUGGGGGCGGGGCGCCGGCCGUGUUGUCAGUGUCAGCUCUGCGCACGCAACCCUCCCGGAGCCGGUGCCGGCCCGGAGCCCCCGCGUCUCUGCAGACGAGUCCCCGCCCGGGUCCGGCGGGGCCCGCGCCGUGGGAGGAGUCGGGCGCUGGCCGACGACUAGCCCAGGUCGGACUGCCGGACCUACAGAGGAGGGACCGGGACCACAGAGAGAGGGACCCCAGCGUCAAGACCCCCCAGGACCUCCUCUCAUCGAUCUGUGGCACCCACUAGUCCCGGGCACCCAGCCCCGGAGAGCCCCCGAGCCCGCGCGCCCAGCCCCGGGGGAGCCCGCCCCCGCCCCGCGGCCCGCCCGGGCCAUGCUCCCCCGGGGCAGCGGCUGAGCCUGAGCCGGGACCGGGACCGGAGCCCGCACGGAGCAUGGAUCCGGGCUGGGGGCAGCGGGACGUGGGCUGGGCGGCCCUGCUGAUCCUCUUCGCCGCCUCGCUGCUCACGGUGUUCGGCUGGCUGCUGCAGUAUGCCCGGGGCUUGUGGCUGGCGCGGGCCCGCCGGGGCCGGGGCCGGGGACCCGCCUUAGCUGCCGAGCCCGCGGGCUCCCUGCGGGAGCUGGGCGUAUGGCGCUCGUUGCUGCGGCUGCGGGCGACUCGGGCCGGCGCCGCUGAGGAGCCAGGUAUCCGGGGCCUCCUGGCGUCGCUCUUCGCCUUCAAGUCUUUCCGGGAGAACUGGCAGCGGGCUUGGGUGCGAGCGCUGAACGAGCAGGCCUGCAGGGACGGGAGCUCCAUCCAAAUCGCAUUUGAAGAGGUGCCCCAACUCCCACCGGGAGCCAGCAUUAGUCACGUGACCUGCGUAGACCAAUCAGAGCGCACCAUGGUGCUGCAUUGCCAGCUCUCUGCUGAAGAGGUGAUGUUCCCAGUCUCUGUGACCCAGCAGUCCCCCGCUGCCGUCUCCAUGGAGACCUACCACGUCACUCUGACACUGCCACCAACACAGUUGGAAGUCAACCUGGAGGAAAUCCCUGGUGGGGGACUGCUUGUAUCCUGGGCCUUCACUGAUCGCCCAGAUCUCAGCCUGACGGUGCUUCCCAAGCUGCAGGCCAGGGAGAGAGGUGAGGAGGAAGUAGAGCUCUCCACUAUUGAAGAACUGAUCGAGGAUGCCAUAGUCAGCACCCAGCCAGCCAUGAUGGUCAACCUCAGGGCUUGCUCUGCCCCUGGAGGCCUGGUACCGAGUGAGAAGCCACCCAUGUUGCCCCAGGCCCAGCCAGCCAUCCCCAGACCUACCAGGUUAUUCCUACGGCAGCUUCGAGCAUCUCACCUGGGGAGUGAGUUGGAAGGCAGUGGGGAACUGUGUUGUGUAGCUGAACUCAACAACCCCAUGCAACAGAAGUGGACCAAGCCCAUGAGGGCUGGCCCAGAGGUGGAGUGGACCGAGGACCUGGCACUGGAUCUGGGUCCCCAGAGCCGGGAACUGACCCUCAAAGUGCUGAGGAGCAGCAGCUGUGGAGACACUGAACUCUUGGGCCAGGCCACACUGUCUGUGGGCUCCCCUUCCAGACCACUAUCCAGAAGACAGGUGUGCCCACUCAUUCCUGGGCCAGGGAAAGCCCUGGGACCGGCAGCCACCAUGGCAGUGGAGCUUCAGUAUGAGGAGGGCUCCCCCCGGAACCUGGGCACUUCCACCCCCUCCACUCCACGCCCCAGCAUCACGCCCACCAAGAAGAUUGAGCUGGACCGGACCAUCAUGCCCGAUGGCACCAUUGUCACCACGGUUACCACUGUCCAGUCCCGGCCCCGUGUAGACGGCAAAUUAGACUCCCCCUCCCGCUCCCCGUCCAAGGUGGAGGUGACUGAGAAGACAACAACUGUGCUGAGUGAGAGUGGUGGCCCCAGCAGUACCUCCCACAGCAGCAGCCCAGGGGAGAGCCACCUUUCCAACGGCUUGGACCCUGUGGCAGAGACAGCAAUUCGCCAGCUCACUGAGCCCAGCGGGCGGGCAGCCAAGAAGACACCCACCAAGCGUAGCACUCUCAUCAUCUCUGGUGUUUCCAAGGUGCCCAUUGCUCAGGACGAGUUGGCACUGUCCCUGGGCUAUGCGGCAUCCCUGGAAGCCUCAAUGCAGGAUGAUGCAGGGACCAGCGGAGGUCCCUCUUCGCCUCCCUCAGACCCACCAGCCAUGUCCCCAGGGCCCCUAGAUGCCCUCUCCAGUCCCACGAGUGUCCAGGAAGCGGAUGAGACAACACGUUCGGACAUUUCUGAGAGGCCAUCGGUGGAUGAUGUUGAGUCAGAAACAGGGUCCACUGGUGCCCUGGAGACCCGCAGCCUCAAGGAUCAUAAAGUGAGUUUCCUGCGCAGCGGCACCAAGCUCAUCUUCCGCCGGAGGCCUCGACAGAAGGAAGCUGGUCUGAGCCAAUCACACGAUGACCUCUCCAACGCGACAGCCACACCUAGUGUCCGAAAGAAGGCUGGCAGUUUUUCUCGCCGCCUCAUCAAGCGCUUUUCCUUCAAAUCCAAACCCAAGGCCAAUGGCAACCCCAGCCCCCAGCUCUGAGGGCCCUCCUCACCUCCUGAGCUAGGAGAGGGCAGGAGUACUCUCAGCCCCUUCCCCACAUCCCCUUCCAUUCCCCUUCCUGGAUUCCCAGCAGCCUGGGCCGGGGAAGCCCUCUGGGUUCCAGGAAGCCCUGUCCACUCUGGGCUGUGGGGCCAGUUGGAAGGGUUCUUGCAAAGGGAAGCUUGUGAGAGCUGAGGACAUAGAAGAGGGAGUGGGUGGCUGGGAGUAAGAGGAGGGCUCUGUCCUGGCAUGUGUGGGCAUUCCUCAGAACUGUUUGCCUGCUGUUGACUCUGGCCCCUCAGUGGAGUCCCAGGGUGCUCAGCUCCUCAGCUGAUCCUUCCUUCCUUAUUUAUUCUCUUUUCUAUUUAUAUGUGUGGUUCAGGAUCCUCAGUGAACAGAUGAUAGAGGGCAUCUCUCCCAGGUGACCCUUCUUUCCUGUCCCAGAAGGGUAGGCAAUGCCCUUUGGGAUGGGGCUCCCACACCUCCCUCAGGUCCCCACUCCGACCAGCACCAAUGUCUGCCUCUGAGAACACUGGCAGCUUAUAGAAAGCCGGGCCGGUGCCCGGGAUGGGGGGCAGGUACUCCCCACCACCCUGCCUCCCCUUCUGCUCCUCAUCCCUCCCUCCCCCUUUAUUACCGUUUUUGUACUUGAUGCCUUCUCUGUGAGCAGUGGCUCUGUUGGAAGGAGGGAGCCAGGAGCCUGGUGGGAAGCCUUCCCCAGAAAAAAAUGGCUUUAGGGGCUUUAUUUAAAGACUGUGUGAUGAUGGAGCAAGAGCAGGGCUGCACCUCUGUAUGUGGGAGAUGAUGAUGUCCAUUGCUGUGUGAUGGCUUGGAAUUUAAUUUAUUAAAUUAAAGUCAAAUUGGAGUUUAUAAA